AGCUUGAGAAGCAAGAUGGGAUGAGUGCCUGAGUGAGGAUGCUUCAUGAAGGAUCAGAGGUGGAGAGCUGAUUCGGUGCUGCACAGCCCAGGAGCUGCUCAGCCUCCUGAGGGCAGAGGCUGGAGAGCUCUGGAAUCUCUUCUGUCGCUUCUUCUCAUUCAGGUUGCUUCCCCCUCCACAAAUGAAAUGGGAACAGCAAAACUGAGCAGUUCUAGACUGGGAACAGUCAAGGCAGGACCAAGUGUACGAGAGGUGUCCCUGAGGCUGCUGCAGGCUUGUCACUGCGCUGAGGGUCGAGGGCACAAAGCCGCCCAUUGGGUUUUGCUGGGUCUUCUGGUCUGAAGUACCCCAUUGUGCUGUGAGUCCUAGAGAAGCUGUGUGUCACUUCUCCAUGGCCUGGAUGGGCUGCUGUGGGACACACGGAGGCAGAGGCAUUGACGCUGGCUUUAUGCAAGUGAGGAACAGUGUGCAGCCUAAUAAGGAAUAUGAUUUUUUUUUUCAUGGUGCACAUUAAUCUGCCCUGUUUUCCAUACAAAAAAUGAUGCCUGCAGCUCUUGCCAAACAUCUUGCCUUGCCUCAUCUCCUCCUUUAAAAGUUCAUUCACAGUUACAGCCGCAAUUGCAGCUAGGAAGCAGUUUACUGGGAGUCAACAAGGCUGCAUUUUGGGUCAGCCCUGAGGGUUUCCAUAACUCGUCUCUGGAAGGGUCAUCCCAACACACACCCCCCUGGUGAUGUGAUCUUGGUACAGUCCAAAGAGUUCCAGGUUAAGAAGCCGAGGGGAUCUUUGUUUGCAGGAGUGCUUCUGGAGUUUGAUGUGCCUCUGAGCAGGGACAGACCUCAGCCAGAUAACUCAAGGAAAGGGAGAUACGUCUCUAACCUGUGGUGGGAAAGGAAGAAAAAAGGAAUUGACACACAGGAGUGUUCCAGACAGAACAGAAAGAUAUGUCUUCAUCAGUGCAACUCUUCAGAGAUCAGAAGUACCAUGAGCUGAAAAGUCAGUGUAUCCAGCAGAGACGACUCUUCGAAGAUCCCAAGUUCCCAGCCUCAGAUGAGUCCCUUUUCUACCAGUCAGCAUCACAACGGAAAGUUGAAUGGAAGCGCCCAAAGGACCUCUGUGAAGACCCGCACCUCUUUGUGAAUGGAAUCAGCUCCCACGAUUUACACCAAGGCACCCUGGGGAACUGCUGGUUUGUGGCUGCAUGCUCCUGCUUGGCUCUGAGGAGGAACCUCUGGCAGCAGGUGAUUCCAGAUUUUAACGAACAAGAAUGGGACCCAAAAAACCCAGAGAAAUACGCUGGGAUUUUCCGUUUCCGUUUCUGGUGCUUUGGAGAAUGGACAGAGGUGGUGGUUGAUGAUCUGCUGCCAACAAUGGAUGGGAAGUUGAUCUACUGCCAUUCCAAUGUGAAAAAUGAAUUCUGGAGUGCACUGUUGGAGAAGGCUUAUGCAAAGCUGGCUGGAUCUUAUGAAGCCCUGGACGGAGGCAGUGCUGCAGAUGCAAUUGUGGAUUUCACUGGAGCAGUGGCAGAAUCUAUUGAUUUGGUACAGGGCAAAUAUGGCGAGAUUAUUUCUGAGCAGAUGAAGCUGUUUGAAGACUUGCUGAAAGUGCAUAAAAGAGGCGGGUUGAUCAGCUGCUACAUUGCGGCUUCCUCUGGCAGUGCCAGUGAAGUGGAGACAGAGAUGGGUCUUGUCAUCGGCCAUGCUUACUCAGUGACUGCAAUUCGGAAGCUGCGCCUUGGAGAGAGGCUCAUAUUCUCUUUCAAGGCAGAAAAGCUGUUUAUGAUCAGGCUGAGGAAUCCCUGGGGGAAAAGAGAGUGGAGUGGCGCAUGGAGUGACAGUUCCGAGGAGUGGAAGAAAGUCAGCAAUUCAGAACGUAAGAGCUUGGGACUCACUCUUGAGAAUGAUGGAGAGUUCUGGAUGACGUUUGAGGACUGGUGUAAGAAUUUCACUGAUGUGGACAUCUGCCGGAUUGUGAAUACCUCCUACUUCAGCAUCCACAAGACCUGGGAGAAGAAGAUGAUGCACGGCGCUUGGGCAAAGAACUCAGAACCCCUGCUAAAUCGCUCUGGUGGAUGCUUUGAUAACAAAGAGACCUUCCUUCAGAAUCCCCAGUACGUCUUUGAUGUUAAGAAGACUGAGGACAAAGUAUUGGUCUCCUUACAACAGGAGGAUCGCCGCAAAUACAAGAAAGAAGGGAAAGGAGACAGCAUCCCCAUUGGCUUUGAAAUAUUCAAGGUGGAGGAUAACAGAAGCUAUCGACUACACAAGCUCACUGUGCAGGAGAGAGUGGCCACGUCUCCGUACAUCAACAUGCGCACUGUGUUCUUGAAGAGGAUCCUCAAGCAAGGCCGCUAUGUCCUUAUCCCAACUACCUAUCAUCCUGGCAUUGCUACCAAGUUUAUACUGAGGCUCUUCACAGAUGUGCCAUCAAAACUCAGGGAGCUGAAGGCAGAUAAGCCUAAAAUGACAUGUUGGAGUCUUCUCUGUGGCUAUCCACGCAGAGUCACCCAAAUCAAAAUUCACUCUGCAGAGGGUUUACAGAAGCAAGACAGAUCAGGCGGAGCAGAUCCCUAUGUGCUUAUCAAGUGUGAGAACCAGAGCGUGCGCUCCCCUGUGCAGCACGAUACCUCCAGUGCCGUCUUCAACACACAAGUGGUUUUCUACAGGAAGAACAUCGACAGCCCUAUCAUUGUCCAGGUCUGGAACAGCAACAUCUUGUGUGACCAGUUCCUUGGGCAGGCGGUGCUGUCAGCUUCACCCAGUGACCCCAGAGAAGAGCAGACGCUGCAGCUCCGAGGGAGAGGCAGGCGGGCAGCAGACGAGGUGCCAGGUCGCAUCACCAUCAAGGUUUUUUCCAGCGAUGACCUUGUGGAACUAUGAAUACCAAAGCCCUGCAGAGCCAGAGCGAGCUGUCACUUCGCAGCAGGGGGGCUUGUCUGUGCUUUCUGUGUGAAUGACUUGGGAGCAAAGGUUGCACAUAAUCAUAAUCGCUUUGAAAAGGAAAAAAACCCUCCAACUCUCCACAUUAUCAUGGGUAAUGGGGUUGAGGGGCUUUUAAAGAGGGAAAACCACAUUUUUAUACAUAUAUAUGUUCAUGAUACAGAUAAUAGAGUAGAAGUGGGGCCAAACUAAACGUUAGCUUGUUAAGAUGUGACCAUCUUCCCCAGCAGCAUCUUUCAGGAGCUCUUGGCACAUAAGCUGGAAGCACAUGUGACCGUUCUCACACGUUCCCUGCACGCUGUCAUCUGUUCUCAGCAGUGGGACUGGAGGAAGGCAGGAAUGGCUGCAUCUCCAUGGUCACGUACCAGCAGGUUGGUGGCGUAGCAAGCACAAGGUGGAUUGGCACCGCUCAGUCCCUGUUCACUGCCAGGCUGUAUCUGGGAAGGGAAUUUUUAAGCUUUCAUUGGAUUUUUUUUCCCCUGUACAGGGAUAUAAAAUUUCUGUUAUUGCUAUGGA